UUUAGAACACACACACACAGUGGGAAGCUCAUUCUUAAGAUACUUAAGUGUUGAAGUGUUGGAUCUCCAUUCACUCGUUACUCUGAAGUUAUCAUGUUAGAAACUUGUUUAACAUUAUCAUGAAGAAAGAUUGUGCAAAGACUCUUGUUUCUCCGGCUCUAAGGAGAAUCCAAGAGCGUAGUAUCAGGACGCCAGCGACUGCACAUGAUGGACCGACUAAGACAAUUAAAAGAAAGGCCAAGAAGACCCUUAGGAAAAAGAUAAGGGUCCCUAAAACUGAACACCCAAACACCUCUAGGGGGGAUGUCGACGUGAGAGGAGGGAAGAGGACACGACUUGGCCGUGUUAAGCAUGACAUGGAGACGGCGUCCUGCUCAGCGGACACUGAAAGCUGCAAUACAUCUGUGGAUAAUGUGAGCAAGAGAGGUGUUAAGAGGAAGGCCGUCGCCGAUGGUGAAGGACCAAGCAGGAAAAAGGGAAAAUUCAAUUCAAUCAUACUGACACAGCUUAUUGAGGCAGCAAUUGAACUUGAGACCCAGUGCAUCUUUCAACGAGAAAUAAAGGGGAAAAUACUGAUCGAGACGCUUCAGAUGUCCCUCGAUUCGCCUUAUCGACUCGGACUGAGCUGCUUCGCCAAGAAAGGAUCCUCUACCGCAAUUUCUACGGGUACCGCUUCUCACAUCCCUCCCGAGUGGUACAGUCAUUGCAUACAGGCCCAGCCCCACCACAGUGGGGCAGCUGGGAGUGGUCUGUUUGAACUGCUCCACAAAGUUCCAUUUGAGACCACCAAGUUCCUUGGAAACAAGCUGAGAAUCAGCAAAGCUGUCCAAAAAGUCAAUGUUCAGGAGGACACCACUGUUUCAGCUCCCCCUGAGGCUCUGAAGGAAAAAGCCAAGAGGCUUCCUCGUGGCGUAGGUUGUUCUGUGAAGCCAUAA